GGAGUGACGCAACUUCCGGUCGCUGAACGCACGUGGGAGGAAGUGCCGGUGCCCGCGGCUGCCGCUCCCGCCAGUCUCGUUGGUUACACUCUCCCGCUGGCCCGGCUGCUGUUUCGAGCCGCCCGCUGGUCAUGGGAGUCCCGGCGUUCUUCCGCUGGCUCAGCCGCAAGUACCCGUCCAUUAUUGUCAACUGCGUGGAGGAGAAGCCAAAAGAAUGCAACGGUGUAAAGAUUCCAGUUGAUGCUAGUAAACCUAAUCCAAAUGAUGUGGAGUUUGAUAAUCUAUAUUUGGAUAUGAAUGGAAUCAUCCAUCCCUGUACUCAUCCUGAAGACAAACCAGCACCAAAAAAUGAAGAUGAAAUGAUGGUUGCAAUUUUUGAGUACAUUGACAGACUUUUCAAUAUUGUAAGACCAAGAAGACUUCUCUACAUGGCAAUAGAUGGAGUGGCACCACGUGCCAAAAUGAACCAACAGCGUUCAAGGAGGUUCAGAGCAUCAAAGGAAGGGAUGGAAGCAGCAGUUGAGAAGCAGCGAGUCAGAGAGGAAAUACUUGCAAAAGGUGGCUUUCUUCCUCCAGAAGAAAUAAAAGAAAGAUUUGACAGCAACUGUAUUACACCAGGAACUGAGUUCAUGGACAAUCUUGCUAAAUGCCUUCGCUAUUACAUAGCUGAUCGUUUAAAUAAUGACCCUGGGUGGAAAAAUUUGACAGUUAUAUUAUCUGAUGCUAGUGCGCCUGGUGAAGGAGAACACAAAAUCAUGGAUUACAUUAGAAGACAAAGAGCCCAGCCUAACCAUGACCCAAAUACUCACCAUUGUUUGUGUGGAGCUGAUGCUGAUCUCAUUAUGCUUGGUCUUGCUACACAUGAACCUAACUUCACCAUAAUCAGAGAAGAAUUCAAACCAAAUAAACCUAAACCAUGUGCUCUUUGUAAUCAGUUUGGACAUGAGGUCAAGGAUUGUGAAGGGUUGCCAAGAGAAAAGAAGGGCAAGCAUGAUGAACUUGCAGAUAGUCUUCCUUGUGCAGAAGGGGAGUUUAUCUUCCUUCGGCUGAAUGUCCUUCGAGAGUAUCUGGAAAGAGAACUCACCAUGGCCAGCUUACCAUUCCCAUUUGAUGUGGAGAGGAGCAUUGAUGACUGGGUGUUCAUGUGCUUCUUUGUGGGGAAUGAUUUCCUUCCUCACUUGCCAUCACUAGAGAUUAGGGAAGGUGCAAUUGAUCGUUUGGUUAACAUAUACAAAAACGUGGUACACAAAACUGGGGGUUACCUUACUGAAAGUGGUUAUGUCAAUCUGCAAAGAGUACAGAUGAUCAUGUUAGCAGUUGGUGAAGUUGAGGAUAGCAUUUUUAAAAAGAGAAAAGAUGAUGAGGACAGUUUUAGAAGACGACAGAAAGAAAAAAGAAAGAGGAUGAAGAGAGAUCAACCAGCUUUUACUCCUAGUGGAAUAUUAACACCUCAUGCGUUGGGUUCAAGAAAUUCACCAGGUUGUCAAGUAGCCAGUAAUCCAAGACAAGCAGCCUAUGAAAUGAGGAUGCAGAGUAACUCUAGUCCUUCAAUAUCUCCUAAUACAAGUUUUGCAUCUGAUGGCUCCCCAUCUCCACUAGGAGGAUUUAAGAGAAAAGCAGAAGACAGUGACAGUGAGCCAGAGCCAGAGGAUAAUGUCAGGUUAUGGGAAGCUGGUUGGAAGCAACGAUACUACAAGAACAAAUUUGAUGUAGAUGCAGCUGAUGAGAAAUUCCGACGUAAGGUUGUUCAGUCCUAUGUUGAAGGACUCUGCUGGGUUCUUCGAUACUAUUACCAGGGCUGUGCUUCCUGGAAGUGGUAUUAUCCAUUCCAUUAUGCACCAUUUGCCUCAGACUUUGAAGGUAUUGCAGACAUGUCUUCUGAUUUUGAAAAGGGCACAAAACCGUUUAAACCACUGGAACAACUAAUGGGGGUUUUUCCAGCUGCAAGUGGUAACUUUCUACCUCCAACAUGGCGGAAGCUCAUGAGUGACCCUGAUUCCAGUAUAAUUGACUUCUAUCCUGAAGAUUUUGCUAUUGACUUGAAUGGGAAGAAGUAUGCAUGGCAAGGUGUUGCUCUGUUGCCAUUUGUGGAUGAGCGAAGGCUGAGAGCGGCUCUAGAAGAGGUGUACCCAGACCUCACUCCAGAAGAGAACAGGAGAAAUAGUCUUGGAGGUGAUGUUUUGUUUGUGGGAAAACUUCAUCCACUACACGACUUUAUUUUAGAUCUGUACCAGACAGGCUCCACAGAGCCAGUUGAUGUGCCACCUGAAUUAUGUCACGGGAUUCAAGGGAAGUUUUCAUUGGAUGAAGAAGCCAUUCUUCCAGACCAAACAGUAUGUUCCCCUGUGCCCAUGUUACGGGACCUGACACAGAACACUGCAGUCAGUAUUAAUUUUAAAGAUCCACAGUUUGCUGAAGAUUAUGUUUUUAAAGCUGUAAUGCUUCCAGGAGCAAGAAAGCCAGCAGCAGUUCUGAAACCUGGCGACUGGGAAAAAUCCAGCAAUGGGCGGCAAUGGAAACCUCAGCUUGGCUUUAACCGGGACAGGCGGCCUGUUCACCUGGACCAGGCAGCCUUUAGAACUUUAGGUCAUGUUAUACCCAGAGGCUCCGGGACUAGUGUUUACAGCAACACUGCACCACCACCUUCCAAUUACCAGGGGAAUGUAUACAGGCCACUGCUGAGAGGUCAAGCUCAGAUCCCAAAACUUAUGUCAAAUAUGAGGCCCCAAGAUUCCUGGCGAGGUCCUCCUCCUCUUUUCCAGCAGCAGAGAUUUGACAGAAGUGUUGGAGCUGAACCUCUACUGCCGUGGAACCGGAUGCUCCAAACCCAAAAUGCAGCCUUUCAGCCAAAUCAGUACCAGAUGCUGGCUGGGCCUGGAGGAUAUCCACCCAGACGUGAUGAUCAUCGAGGAGGGAGACAGGGAUAUCCCAGAGAAGGAAGGAAAUACCCUUUGCCUCCACCCUCGGGAAGAUACAGUUGGAAUUAGGCUUUUGUAAAGCCCUCCACAUUCCUUUCAACACUCUACUACACUUUUAUGCUAUUUGUGGAAAGGUUUCUUUCUCAAGUAGUAGUUUUUAAUAAAACUACAGUACUUUGUGUAUUUCUUUUAACUGUGUAUAUUUUUACUGAUCUGAUCUCACUGUUUUAUGUUGCUUUCUAGAGAUGUGUAUUGCAUAAUACAGUGGGUCUGAAUUUAUUAUUGCUUGUAAACACAUUUGAUGAAAUUAGGAGUCCUGGGUUUUCAUUAUGGUUAAAAUUCAAAACAGCUCUAUGCUGAUUUUAAUGCACAUUAAUAAUUAGGUAUGGACAUUUGAGCUGCACAUUCUGCAGACUAGAGCAUCUAUUGCUCAACAUUUCUUUGAAAACAUUUCAUUAAAGUACUUGUCUUACAGAAAUUUGUGGACUUUAGUAAAAAAAAAUAAAUAAAUAAAGCCAAACUUAAAAAACA